AUGCCUUACUUUUCAAGGUAUACUCUGUUCAUUCCUGAAGAAAUUCCCGGGAUCAACCGCGGAAACUCCUUACUAAGCAAAGCAACAACUUCAUCUGCUCUGCCUAAAAACAGAGCAACCACAGAAGCUCUCACAUUUUCGGACCAACCGAUUGCCAUUUGUGAACCAUAUCCACAGCUCCUGAAUCCAUAUACUGCUCCACUCUAAACACCGUAACGACCGAUGGCACAGGAACAAGCUUGACUUUGUAUCCCAAAACGACGCCGUAGCUACCUCCUCCUCCACCGGUAAUCGCCCAGAAAAGAUCCUCACCCAUUGCUUUCCGAUCUAAAACCCGACCGUUUACAUCGACGAUCUUGGCAUCCUCAACGUAAUCCACAGAUAAUCCAAACUUCCUCACCAUGUUACCGUAACCACCGCCGCUUAAAUGCCCACCAACACCAACCGUCGGACAAACUCCGGCGGGGAAUCCAUGGACUCUGCUUUUCUCCCAAAUCCGAUAAUAAACCUCUCCGAGAGUCGCUCCGGCGGAGAUCCAUGCCGAAUUCGAGGCGAUAUCUACAGAGACGUCACGGAUAUUCGACAUGUCGAGGAUGAAAAAUGGUUUGUCGGAAAUGUAAGAGAGACCAUCGUAGUCAUGGCCGCCGCUUCGGAUUUUGAGGAGGAAAUUUAGGGUUUUUGAGCAAGUGACGGCGGCGCUGACGUGGCUCUCGGAGCGAGGAGUGAUUAUGAUGGUGGGUUUAAGAGUAGAGGAAGUGUUGAACCUCGCAUUGCGGAUGUAAGCACGAAGAACGGAGGAGAAAGCAGGGUUUGUCUGAGAGAAGACAUUGUCAGUGAUUUGGGAUUGUGGAGAUUUCGUCUUGUCGGAGAAACACUUGAGGAAAGAGUUGUAUACAGAGUUCGAUUGAGAGAAAGAUGAGAGAGGUAGAGAAAGGAAGAGGAGGAA